AUGGCUGUCCGACCAGAUGAUCCCAAAUUUGAAGAAACUCUGUUACGAUGGAAUGAAGAACUCGACAAUGAACCUGAUUCAGAUAAUGACGGCACUGACUAUGACGACCAUGUUUCAAUUCAGUCCGACAGGGAGAGCACCUACUCAACGGAUGAUAGUGAAGUAGAGAGUGAGACAGAACAACAACUUCCUGGCAAAGUAAAAAGGAAAAAUGGACAUAUUUGGAGCACUGAGCUUCCAUGUCCUACUCGAACACCUAAGCGAAACAUUGUUUCAUGUAUUCCAGGACCAAAAGGUGCGGCCAAAAAUAUUUCAACGGAAUUAGAGGCAUGGAAGUUAUUUUUUAGAGCGAAUGUUAUAGAUAUUAUAGUGUUGCAUACAAAUAUGGAAAUAGAACGACUAAGAGGGAAAUAUGUUGCUAAUUGUGGCUUCGUUAACGAGACAGACGUUGAAGAGAUCUUGGCUUUGAUAGGACUGCUUUAUAUGACAGGUUGUAGAAAUGACAACCAUCUAACUACAGCAGAAAUGUGGUCAAAGCAUGGACCAGAAGUGUAUCGAUGCGUAAUGAGUGAAACAAGGUUUAGAUUUUUGAUAUCUUGCCUCAGAUUUGACGACAAAACCAUGAGAGACCGAGUAGAUAAAUUUUCUCCAGUACGUAAUAUAUGGGAAAUGUUUAUAUCUAACUGUACAAAAUACUAUACUCCUCACAGUUAUUGUACCAUCGACGAACAGUUAUUGGGAUUUCGAGGCAAUUGCCCUUUUAGAGUAUAUAUUUCAUCAAAACCUGACAAAUAUGGAAUCAAAGUUGUAACGAUGUGUGAUUCACGCACAUAUUAUAUGGUUACUGCUAUUCCAUAUAUCGGCAAAGAAAAUAGGCCAGAUAAAGAACCUCUCCCAGCUUAUUACGUAAAAAACUGA